UUCUGCUAUUCGUUCAGUAUGGUGAAACGACACGUUGUCCAUGAUGAGGACGGAUUUUGGCUCCGGCCAUCUACCACAACGAUGUUGAAGCUGUUCAAUAAAGUCCUCAAAUAUACUGGCGUCUGCCGAUCCUUGGAAGAUUCGCGACAUCAAGAUGCCAUCCUGGCAGUAUGCCGGGAGAAUUUGAUACCGCUGGCCGCGCUGGAAACGGGAAACCUGGACAGGCGGCCCGCCGCGUGGUGACCAACCGGUCCUCCUGAAGCCAGCCCGUUUAUCAUACCCUGAUUCGUCUAUGAAGACCAGAUGAUACGAGCAAAAUUCAGAGUGCUGAUGUAGAUAAUGAUCUCUCAAAUCCGCAUUUCGUUCCUGUGCUAUUCUUCGAGCAUAAACGGUGUGAUCAUACGAGGACGGCCACCAGGGAUCAAGGGUGCUCGAACAUCGCCGAACAUUUGGAGGUUGUUACUGAUGACUAUAAUCGAACGUUUGCUGGGCCAGCCGCUUCUGCCAUCUCUGAGGUAGUCAGCGAUCUGCUGUCAAUCAUAUCACGAAUCAUCACAAGCUGGGAAGGGGCGAGUCGAGGCGCCAUGAUGGUCUUUGUCGUGCUGUCAACCGAAGAAGUUGGUGAGGGGAGGUGGCCAGGGGCGCCGUGGGCGCGAGAUGGUUCGCGCGAGACGGGUCCGUUGGCUCCAUUUUCUCGUUGAGGGGACGUAUGAUUAGUCAUCUUAGCGCCUGAAGUGCACUGUUGCAUUACAGCUUCAACUUACCCCUCUUGGCCUCCUUAGAGCAGCCUAAGCAUAAAUUCGCAUACUAUACUUCACACUUCACUCGCCAUUGUACCUGACUAGGUUGGGAUAUUGGCUUUGAUGCCGUGUCCUUCCAAAUGGAUCGAGUAUCCGCGGCUGCGAGCGUUAUCGCGGUCAUCCAGCUGACGGGAAGCCUCGUGAAGCUUUGUGGGGGCUACAUUCAAGAGGUCAAAGAUGCACGAGACGAAAUUUAUUCCCUCAACCGGUCGAUUGAAGGCAUCGAAGGGACGCUCCAGGACCUACAGAAAUCUCUUCAAAGUGACGACGGAAAGGCCCUACUUACCUCCUCACGACUCACCGACGAUAUUACUGAAUGCCACUCCGACCUCCGAAAUUUAGAAGCAAAACUUGAUUCAAGAAAAGGGAAGAAGCUGAUGAGGAAAGUGGGAUUGCGUGCAUUGAAGUGGCCCCUGAAGCGGGCUGAGGUGGAAAGCAUGAUGCAGAACCUGAAGAGAUAUAAAUAUUCUUUCCAUUCGUCCCUACAGGGGAAUCAAACCUCUCUGAUAGUUGGGAUGGCCCAGGAUACCGAUUAUAUUUAUGAAAAGUUGGAAACUACAGCCACGGCCGCUCAUACGGUCUCAUUUCCUGGCUCCAAUUCCGGACUUCAGGUAGGGAUUAAUACUGGACCGAUCAAUGCCGAGUUUCAUCUUCCUCCUUCAAGUCUAGACAAGCUCCCCUUCGCACACGACGCUGCGUUAGGUUCAUAUGCGGAUCAGUAUUAUGACGAAUGUCUCGAAGGUACAAGAACCGAUAUUCUUCAUAAAAUCAGCGAGUGGGCUUUUUCACCGCACGAGAGAUCUAUAUUUUGGCUGCAGGGAAUGGCUGGGACGGGGAAAUCCACAAUAUCCCGGACUGUGGCAAAUUCACUCAAGCAUACCCACCAUCUAGGAGCCAGCUUUUUCUUCAAGAGGGGCGAAGAAGACCGAGGCAAUGCAAAGAAGAUCUUUCCGACACUGAUAAAGCAACUAAUGCUCAGAAUCUCUGGGCUGAAGUCGGGGGUACAAAAGGCCCUCGAUCACGACCCUGAAAUUGCGACAAAAUCGCUCAAGGAGCAAUUCGAACAACUACUCCUCCAACCGCUGCUCAAUCUCAACCAACUUGGCCGACACCCUCAGACCGCUGUUAUUGUGAUCGAUGCGCUAGACGAAUGUGACCAUGAUCAAGAUAUCCGAACCAUAAUUCGACUUCUACCCAUUCUACAGAGAGCGAAAGUAAUUCGCCUUCGUAUCUUCUUAACUAGCAGACCCGAGCUCCCAAUCAACCUCGGCUUUUCCGACAUCGCAGAUCAUAAGACCGAUUUGCGAGAAUCAAACACGACAGAAAUAUUUCCCAAGACUGGCCCGGCGAUGACGUCAUCCAAAAAUUAGUCACGAUGUCUAUUCCACUGUUUAUUUCGGCUGCUACUGUGUGCCGUUAUAUCGAAAAUGCAAAAUGGGAUUCUAAAUUGCGCCUCGCAGAGCUUCUAAAGAACCAAGCCAAAUAUGUAUCGAGAAUGGAUAAGACGUACCUGCCAAUUCUGACACGACUACUAGACGAUUAAGAGAGUGAUGAAUCGGA